CUUCACAAUGUCACUUUCAACUGAUCCUGCACAGAAAUGGGGACUUCACAGGGGUCUGGGGGAUAUAUCUGGUUUCAGACCCGUCUGAAUCACUCGCCAGUGGUGGAUCCAGCCAAUGAAGAGAAAAGCAGACGAUCCAAAGUCUUGAGCAACCGCCAAUGGAUUGGGGUUAGACGGCCUGAGAUGGAAGGGCACUAGUCCUGGAGUUAGAAGGACCAGUGAAGACCGCUCCAGAAUGGCGAGGAGUCGGAGCUGCGUGGAGGCAGGGGUAUGCAUUUCUCCACGGCCCAGGGGGUCUCCUCCCAGCUGCUGCAGACGAGCGGCCAGCCCUAGAGGCUAGCGGUGUGGACAUGAACUGAUUUGUUCCAGCCCUGGGCCGCCAAACCGCCCGACGAGUGAGGAGAACAAAAGCACGUAGCCUCGGCAGGUCCCAGAAGUUUAGGAGAGGAACAGUCCCCAGCCCUGCCCACAGGGCGCUAGAGGGUCAGAAAGGACCCGCCCUUCCCCGACUGGGGCUCAGCAGGGCGAAGGUUGUCCUCAAGGCCACGUGAGCCUUCCUCGCCUCUAAAAGCCCCAAACAGGCCGGGCUCAUGAGAGAGGAAAGUUAAGGACGCCCCAACCUCUGCAUCGCUGCGCCCCGCUACCGGCCGCGGAACCGCUCUGCCAACAGCCGCCUGGUCCAGCCGAGCGGAGAUCGCGGCCGCCGAGCGAUGUCCCGCCGCAGCCCGGACGGGAGCCUCGGGCUGCCCUCGCCGCCGGCCGCGCUGCUGCUGCUGCUGCUUCUGGCCGCCGUGGUGCCGCCGGGCCUGGCAGGGGUCUACUAUGCAACUGCAUACUGGAUGCCUACUGAGAAGAGAAUACAAGUCAAACAUGUCCUAGACAGGAAUGGGGAUGCCUACGGCUUUUACAAUGACUCUGUGAAAACCACAGGCUGGGGCAUCCUGGAGAUCAGAGCGGGAUACGGUUCUCAAUCCCUGAGCAAUGAGAUCGUCAUGUUUGCAGCCGGCUUUUUGGAGGGUUACCUCACUGCCCCACAUAUGCAUGACCACUUCACAAACCUCUACCCACAGCUGAUUGAGAAACAUUCCAUGGUGGAUAAAGUACAGGAGUUUUUAACGAAGCAAGAUCAGUGGGCCCGGUAUAACAUCAAAAAUUACAAGGAUGACCCAUUUUGGAGACAUACAGGCUAUGUUAUGGCACAAAUGGAUGGGCUAUAUAUAGGGGCAACGAAGAGGGCUAUCGUAGAAGGAACAAAGCCCAUAACCCUGUUCCAGCUUCAGUUCCUGAAUGCUGUUGGAGAUCUGCUGGACCUGAUUCCCUCACUUUCUCCCACAAAAAACUCCAGCGUGGAGGUUUUUAAGAGAUGGGACAUGGGGCAUUGCUCUGCUCUUAUUAAGGUUCUUCCUGGAUUUGAAAACAUCUUUUUUGCUCACUCAAGCUGGUACACGUAUGCUGCCAUGCUCAGGAUAUAUAAACACUGGGACUUCAACAUCAUUGAUAAAGACACCAGCAGUAGUCGCCUCUCUUUCAGCAGUUACCCAGGGUUUCUGGAGUCUGUGGACGACUUUUACCUUCUCAGCAGUGGUUUGGUAUUGCUGCAGACCACAAACAGCGUGUAUAACAAAACCCUACUGCAGCACCUGGUACCCCAGUCUCUCCUGGCCUGGCAAAGAGUCCGGGUGGCCAAUAUGAUGGCAAACGGAGGCAAGCAGUGGGCAGAGGUCUUCUCAAAAUACAACUCUGGCACUUACAACAAUCAGUACAUGGUCCUGGACCUGAAGAAGGUAAAUCUGAACCACAGCCUUGAUAAAGGCACUCUGUACAUCGUGGAGCAAAUUCCUACAUAUGUAGAAUAUUCUGAUCAAACCGAUGUUCUGCGGACAGGAUACUGGCCCUCCUACAACAUUCCUUUCCAUGAAAAUAUCUACAACUGGAGUGGCUAUCCAAUGUUGGUUAAGAAGCUGGGUUUGGACUACUCUUAUGAUCUGGCUUCACGAGCCAAAAUCUUCCGGCGUGACCAAGGGAAAGUGACCGAUAUGGAAUCCAUGAAAUAUAUCAUGCGCUACAACAAUUACCAGAACGAUACUUACAGUAAGGGUGAUCCCUGCAAUACCAUCUGCUGCCGGGAGGACCUGAACUCCUUUAAUCCAAGUCCUGGAGGUUGCUAUGACACCAAGGUGGCAGAUAUCUACCUGGCAUCCGAGUACACAGCCUAUGCCAUUAGCGGGCCCACAGUGCAAGGUGGCCUCCCUGUUUUUCACUGGAGCCGUUUCAACAAAACUCUCCAUGAGGGCAUGCCAGAGGCCUACAACUUUGAUUUUAUUACCAUGAAACCAAUUCUGUAACUUGACAUAAAAUGGAGGGAGAUGAGAUACCAAGGGCACUAUUUUAACUACGUUUUCCCAUUCAGAAUCAGUCUUAAUAAAAUAUAUUCAAUCCUGUCUAUAUCACUUUCA